AUGGAGGUUCCUCUAGGGUUUCCCACCACUAGUAGUGGUCAACGUCAAUGGGCAACGCCAGAGAUGUGGCAGUCUCAUCGAGUAACGAUCGUUGAGCUAUACAAAAACCACACGCUCAAAGAAAUGAUGAAAAUCAUGGAGGACAAGCACAAGUUCUUCGCAACUAUCAGGAUGUACAAGUCUCACAUCAGCAAAUGGGGAUUGCAAAAGCAUUUCAGAGCUAAGCAAGUCCAAGCGCUGCUUCAUCAGAAGGCAGAGCGCGACGCCACCCAAAAGGCCUCAAGCAUGUACAUCAGAGGCAACAAAGUCGACUCAAAGAAGCUCCAGGCAUACAUCAACCGAACAUCGAAGCAGAACAAAGACCGGAUUUCAACGGCUGCCAACGGUGGUCCCCUGUCUCCUUCUGCACAGCGACUUAUGGCAGCUGUGGUUGCUUGCCGAACUCCCUCGCCCGUGCAGUCGUUCGAAAAGAGACGUUAUACGGCUAGUCAUCGAGGACAACGUUCGAAUAAUGAGACGGAUCUAGAUACCGAGAAACCUUUGGGUUCCAGAUUCACGUGGCUACAGACAACUCCGCCACAGACCCUCCUGUUGUCAGCCUCGGAUGCUCAUGCAAGAACCGAAAAGUGUAUGAGAUGUCUGCGAGACUAUGUCGCUGACAACUUCGAAAGUGGCCGCUGGAGCGAUGACCUCGACGAAAGGGGGCGAGUGGAACUUGAUCAAGUUAUUGAUUGGGCAAAUAUAUUCGACGAUGCCCUUCGAUUCCUUCAGAGGGAACAAAACCAACAAGGGUUUCGACUGGUCCAGAUUUGCUUUGGACAAUACAAAGCUCUCUUGUCUGCUGGCAGCAUCCGUCUCUUCUUCUCCAUCUAUCCCAUUUUCAUUCAACUUCAACAUUACCCAGACUUGGCAAGGAAGAUGAUUGGGUACGCUUCCAAGAUGUCCGAAACAAUACACUCAACAGCACAUCCCUUUACUGCCCUUUGGAGAGAAUUUUUGGCUAUGGAUCAUGACGAGAUCAGGCUGAACUGGAAACCUCUCAUCAACUGUUAUAGUAGCUUCAUCGCAGAGCAGUCCAACGACGACAGUGAGCUGAUGUUUGAGGCCGUGAGGGCCCGUAACGGCAAUAUCAGAUGCCAGACACUGGACGGACUGGUCGAUUUCAACCUUGCUGAGGAGCUGUUUCAAAAGGACAUUACCACAUGGGAGAACUACACGCACACUUCAAGCCCCGAGACCGUGUGUCUGAAGCGAGGGCUUUCUACCUUCUAUGCUAUUCAUCAGCGAUACGAUGAUCUAGAGCGUAUUAUCACAGAAAUUGCUCCUUGGUCCCGCCCUUCUUAUCUGCACAUGCUGGCAGUAGCAGCUGUUGAUCAAGGGGAUUUUGUACAGGCUGUUGAACUUUAUGACGCUUGGCUUACCUGGAGCAAGGAUGAAUUUGGGGCUGGUCAUGACGAGAUUGCUUGCGCUUGUAUUUGCCUCGAGAACCUUCUACGAGACAUUGGAGACAUGGAACAAGCUGACAUUGUUGGUAAGCAGUCGGAGAUUAUUCUCGACGCGCUGUGUGUGAGACUUGGUGAAAUGGAAAUUCAAGAGACAUGUGAUGAGGAGGGCUUGGAUGGCAACGAGGCCGACCUGACAUCAAGCAGCCUGAAUGGGUUUGACAUUCUCGGUGACUCUUUGACGUAUCAAGGUGGGAAAGCCCUUGGGUCUGUAGGAGAAGACGCCAUGGGGAGAACGUCGUGUCUGAAAAUUAUAAGCAAAUGCGGUUUCUUGUCGUCCUACACGGACCACGGAGGUGCAUGA